UUUUAAGGGGUCCCCCACACAUUGGCGUCGUGGGUAGCACCGACGAGUCCAGAGAAUACACUCUAGAGCCCUUGGGCAGCACUGUGGAAGACCAAGCGGUAAGCCUGGCUCCCCCACUCACCCCACGGCUACUACAGAAAAAUCCAGUGCAAAGCUACAAAAAAAAAAAAAAAAAAAAUGUCAGAAGAUUGCUUCCCCCCUGUAGUACCUGAAAAUGAAGAGGAGGUUGGAGAAUAUUAUUUUGAGUCUGACCCUCUUGCUUUGAAGGAUAAUGUUGAUUACCAACAGUUGAUCAAAGCCCUUGUAAAAUUACAAGCCCAGCGUGUGAAAGCAGUUAAGGAUGUGGAGCGGCUUCAGGAGGCACGCGAGGAGGUGCUCAAAGACCCAGUUGCCUUUGUGACAGGCCUGCAAAAUGGGGACAACUUGGAUUUGCCAGACCCGCAGAAUAUAGCACAGAUCCCUCAAAUUGACUGGGAGAAAUAUAACAUCAGCUAUAUCACGCAAGGAUUGAGACCAAAAACAAGGAAGCAGAUAUUACAAGAGAUGUCUACAUGCCAACAAUACAAUCAGGAAAGUAAGGAAUCCCUGAGUGCUGAGCACAAGGUCAUGGUGCGAGGAAGAAUUUAUGAUGAAAGUAAACCCCAAACAUUCAAUCAGACAUGGAGUGAUGAAGAACAGCGAAAGCUUGAAGAACUUCUUAUCAAGUAUCCAGAUGAACCUAUUGCUUGGCAUCGCUGGGUAAAAAUUUCUAAAGAAAUCGGCACCCGAACACCACUUCAAGUACAGAGCAGAGUUCAGAAGUACUUCAUUGCUCUAAAACGUGAAGGACUACCAGUUCCUGGCAGAUGCCCAAAGGAAAGAGUUUUGAAGAAAAUGUCACGAAGACGGGGCAUACCUGGAGUAGCCUACAGGAGGGUCCCCUCCAGCUUUAUGAAAGCAUUCAACAUGUAUGAAGACCUGAACCUGAAAACCACACCCUCAGAAGGGACACAGAGCUCUCAGGCAGACACUUAUGAUGUCUCGGAUGAGGAAGAUGUUGUUGAUGAACUGCGCAACAGUGAGGAGUACUGUGAACUUCUCAGGAUGAAGCACAUAAAGCGUCUCAAGGAGCAAGAAGCUGAAACAGGAAUUGUUCAUCAUUAUGGCUAUUCCUGUGAUGGGUGUGGGGUGGAGCCCAUCAUUGGACCUCGCUGGCAUUGCAUGGAAUGUCCUCCCUCCAGAAGUGUUGACAUUUGUGGAAGCUGUGUCAAGACAAAUUUUUCAUUAGAACAUCAUCUGCCUUCACACCAUCUUGAGCCCAUCAAAACCUUUUGUGUACAGGAUGCCCUCAGUGAGAUACAAUGAUCCUAAACAGGUGUGUUGUCCAUAAUUAUUAGUCAUUGCUUUGAUUAAAUGCAGGCAGUUUUCAUAAUGCGAUGCAAAUACUUUUGAAGCAAUGUAAUAUAUCAAAUUUCCUUAUUCAAAGGAGGCCUGACUUGAAUGGCAUAAUCAAGGUGAAGCUGAAUCAUUGCCAAAUAUAUUUGGAAAAUAA